GGAAAUCCAUGCACCUUGAUCACAUGACACACCUUAACCAAUAAAUAGCCAACAGGAAGCCACACAUGGGGGAAACACUUGCUGCACAGGCACCAACUACAGCUGCUGCGACCGACUGUGAGCAUUUCAUAUAUUAUAGAUUCCGACAAAACUGGCCGGUUUGGUACAGGAAAUUGAUGGCGAGGCCUAGAGCCAGAACCGGCUUGGACUCCAAGUGGAUGAACUGACGACCCACCUGCUCCUUCAGGGCUGGUAGGAGGUUGACUGCGCUGUAGCCAACCUGAACUGUUCCCCAAUUUUUCCCCCUUUUUUUGGGGUCACUAUCUCUCACACGAAGUCCUCAAUAUGGUCUAAUUGUCCGCUGAAUAUCAGCGGAACCAUUGUGAAUCUCACAUGUUGUGUACCUCUCCAGAGCAGAAGGUGGCAGUAACACGUGACAGGCCGCUAGCUAAGGUAGCUAGCUAACCUAUACUACCUCACGACAAUCUUCUUGCAGCCAUCAAAAGUUAAACCAUCCCUGGCGGGGAAAGAUCUCAAUUGGAACUUGACACUAUGAAGAUGUCCUGUGCCACGGAUUAAAAGGGUCUCCUGUUCAAGUUCACCUACAUCUGCCAUCCACCUGUGAAAGGGACUGCUUCUUCAGCUUCAUCGAACCAAAGAGUUACUGCAAAGAGAGCAUGUCGUCAGCCAGUCUCAGUCCGAGUCGCUCUCUCCGACUACGGAGGAGAGGUGGGAGUAAUGCCGGUGAGCGAGUGGACGUUGAUCCGCCAACAGAGCGCCUCUCCCCACGCUCCAAGAGCUGCGUAGACUCUCCAGGCGAGCCGUGCGGGGCUGUGCACCUUCAACAACGUUGUGGACUCCGGCUCGGAGCGAAGCCCGCAGCCAGUCAGCAUGCGGCUCCUGUUGAGCCUCCUGCACCCCUUCCUGUCUCUCAGCAUCUUCGGCUUGUGCCCGUCUAUGGUGUUCAUCAGAAUUCUGCUUUCAAGUCCGGGGAGCCAUCAUCUUGGGAUGGUCGGCGUGUUCCAGACCAUUUCCAUGUACUAUUCUUCCAUUCAGAGAAGGCGGAGUCAGCUGAAACCCUCGGGCCGAGAGAGGGCUGGCAGGUGUACAGCUCGGCCCAGGAUGCGGACGGCCGCUGCAUCUGCACCGUCGUGGCGCCGGAACAAAGCCUGUGCUCCAGAGAUGCGAAGAGCAAGCAGCUCCGCCAUCUCCUAGAAAAGGUGCAGAACAUGUCUCAGUCCAUCGAGGUGCUCAACCUGCGAACUCAGAGGGAUUUGCAGUACGUGAUGAAGAUGGAGAACCAGAUGAAGGGCCUGAGGACCAAAUUCAGACAGAUUGAGGACGACAGGAAGUCUGUCAUGGCCAGAAACUUCCAGGAGCUUAAAGACAAGAUGGAGCAGCUGAAGCCAUUGAUCCCCGUGCUGGAGCAGUACAAGAUGGAUGCCGCCCUCGUCUCCCACUUCAAGGAGGAGAUCAGGAACCUGUCAUCGGUGUUGACGAGCAUCCAGGAGGAAAUGGGCGCCUACGACUAUGACAAACUCUAUCAGCGUGUACUGCGACUGGAUAACAGGCUCCGAAGCUGCAUGGGAAAACUAACAUGCGGAAAAUUAAUGAAAAUCACCGGACCCGUGACCAUUAAGAUCUCCGGGACUCGGUUUGGGGCAUGGAUGACCGACUCGCUCGCAUCAACAAGACACAACAGAGUUUGGUACAUGGACGGUUACACCAACAGCAAGAUCGUCCGAGAGUUCAAAACCAUGGAGGACUUCACGGCAGGAGUGGUGGCUCGCACCUACAGCCUUCCGUUCAAAUGGGAAGGGACCAAUCACGUCGUCUACAACGGCUCCCUUUACUACAACAAGUACCAGAGCAACAUCAUCGUCAAGUACAGCUUUGAGACCGGCACGGUUCUGGCUCAAAGAGCUUUGGAAUUCGCAGGCUUCCACAACAUGUACCCGUACACGUGGGGCGGCUACUCCGACAUCGACGUCAUGGCGGACGAGCUGGGACUGUGGGUCGCGUAUGCCACCAACCAAAAUGCCGGGAACGUUGUCAUUUCCCAAAUCGAUCCCGACAACCUGCAGGUCCUGAAGACUUGGAACACGGAAUACUCCAAAAGGAACGCGGGGGAGUCGUUCAUGAUCUGCGGGACUCUCUACAUCACCAACUCUCACCUGUCCGGAGCAAAGGUUUAUUACGCGUACUCCACAAAGACGUCAACGUAUGAAUACAUCGACGUUCCUUUCCUCAACCAGUACUUCCACAUCUCCAUGCUGGACUACAACGCCCGAGAGAGAGCGCUGUACGCCUGGAAUAACGGACACCAGGUCAUAUUCAACGUCACCUUGUUCCAUGUCAUCGAAACAGACGACGGCUCUUAAACUUUUGUCGACAUUUGUGAUGAUGCUCGUUGUUUUGUCCAAAAUGGCUAAUCGUGUUGUUUUGACUGAAUGGCGCAUGGACACCGAUGUCUGGAUUCCGUCCUGGAGAACAUCUUGCACAUUUUUACACCGCUCGAUGGCAUCACUGUCGCUUUUGCAUGCGGGUCUACUGUGCACUUUGACUGCAGUGAUAUUUCUAGUGUCUAUACCGUGCUUGCGUUCAUUGCACAUCAGCGUACUUGCUGCAAUAUGCUCUAAAUAUUAUUACCGCAUUCUGUUUCAACGGGUGUUUUUUUAAUAAAACUGCGCAACGUACUCUAUGUUUAUAUUCUGC